AUGAGCACCCCAGGCUCAGGUAUUUUUGAGCGAGCCUUCUUUGUGCCUCCGCUACAGGACUUAGCCGGCGCUGCAUUGAGAAUGGAUCCGCUAUUAAUUACUUGCGCCGCCCUGGCCUUUGUUGCCACCAUCAAGCAGACAUGCGAGGUGUUGAAGAAGCUGCGUUGCGCCGUCAAGGAGAUUCGGGAGAUCCAGGAGCUGGUCGAGGACGGUUCCCAAGCAGGCGUUGUCCCAGAACAAGUCGAGACGUUGCUGAAAGGCUGCUCCGCAUCAACCAACGACUUCAAACUCACAGAAACGGCUACCGCACUUACUCCCAUCAUCGACCGUCUUCGCCAGUGCCUGUCAUCCAUCAACUCGGCGACUAAUGAGAUUGUGGCCGAGCAGAACUACCUUAGCAAUGCAUCGAGCGCGUCCAACCAGCUUCUUCUAACAGGCGCUUCUAUGCCCUGGAGCUCUUCGGGAGAAGAUACUGUGGCCAAAGUCACCAAAAGAUCAAUCACAGGCACAGUUACCUGCGCACAGGGGGCCCGGAGGCGGCCGUCUUGCUCCAGCUUCUGCCCGUGCUCAUGUCAUGCUGUCACGACUAUAACCACAGGAGAGAAGUCCCGUCAGGCGAUUGAUUUCACGGCGCUGAGCUUCAUUACUCCAGAAGCUGUGUGCGGGACUUGUAGCGAGACACGCUGCCGGAAGCGGAGCUCCCCGAUGCUUCGCAUGGAAUACACCUUCCCUCCUUGGUUGCUCAUGGCAUGGGUGUCCGCCACGAUCAAGCUCAGUCUGAAAGGUAGAGACUUCGUGUACGGCAUCUCGGCGGUGUUCGGAUUCUGCCCCAGUCUUCGCAUUCGCGAUUGA